AUGAAUGCGGGCGUGAGAGAUUUAGUAAAGGGUGUCUUGGAACGACUGAAGGGCAGUACAAAUUUGGCCUCGUAUCGACUGUUUCUGAAAGUGGUUGACAGCGCUGUGACAGACCAGCUAGCAUGUUCCAUCAAUACUGUGGGCUGCUUGAACCCACGAGAGGCGAACUUCUGCGUUGUUGAAACGGAUACGACUGUAGCACGGGAACUGGUGCAUAUUCUUGGCUACGAAGAAGCGCCUCAGGAACUGGAAGGUUAUGAACUAGUGAUGCUCCACCAGGAAAACAAUAGAUCAGUCUUGGAAGCAUUUCAUGAGUUAGCCACAGAAGAAUUGAGGAAGAUUCCUCCUCCCAAUGUUGAAUCAUUGAAAGGCAUUGAUGAUGUUUGCUUGUUAGUUGCUCAUCUCAGUUAUCAUUACCAUUUACGUUUGGAACAUUUUGCUCUUACAAUAACUUGUAGCAUGGCAACUCUUUUGGAAGAGGACAUUGUUGCAUCCAUAAACUGUGUAGAUCAUCUGUGCGGCAAACUUAACAUUGUACAACCGGGUAGUUUGUGUUACUUGAAGUGGCAGACUCUAAAAGAAUCAGUGAUGCAAAUUGUGAAAGUUGUUGAUACUUCAUCACGUCGGCAGCUGGAAGAACUGUUCAUGGAGACUGCUAGAGCCAUUGCUGCAGAGCUGGCAGGAAGAGUUGCAUGGUCUGUUGCACAGGUGUAUGUAUAUACCUUCUCUGUUCAACUGAUUGCAAAUCUGAGCUACCAUAACGCACAACCUGGAGCAGACAAUGCAGUACGAUACAUGGAGGGUGUUGAUGUGAUAGCUAAAGUGUGCCCAACUGACACAUUUGUUGCUAGUACUGACAGAGUUCGUCAGCUACUGAUGAAAAGUCUUGAUGGAAAUAUCAAUGGUGAUGACAUGAGGCAACUUGCUGCAGCAGCUCUUUGGCAGACAAGAAACUUCAUUUACCACUUCCAGCCUAACACACUUUCUACCACUGGAAAGUUAGAAGGCCUUGCGAGAAGCUGUCUAAAACCUGAAGUUGAUUCUGAGCAGCUCUCUAUUGACCCAACUGCUGUCCACAUGACUGUCCCUGAGACAGCCAAUAGCAGUGAAUUGUCAAGAUCAGUACGAGAAGCACUGAUGGCACUGAAGUCAGUAGUGUCACCUUACCCAUAUAGAUUGUUUAUGAAAAUAAUUGAUCGUUGUGUCAUCAAUGAUCUUGCUCAGCCUGCAGGGUCAAGUGACUCCCUAAAUCCCCGUGAGAUGAACAUAUGUGCUCUUGAUGUUGAGACCAUGCGGACGCGUCAGUUUCUUAACCGAAUUGGGUUUAUUUCUCAACCAGGACAAAGAGGAGUUAUGCAUAGAAUGGUGAUGUCUGACAUUAGUCCACACAGAGCAGUUUUGACGGAAUUCCAUAAAAUUGCUGAGGAAGAGUUGAGAACUACUGUUUGUCCCGGAGUAGAAGAUUUAGUAGCUCUGGACAACGUUCCAUUGUUAAUAGCUCAGCUGGCAUACAAUCUUCAUUUUCGGGUGUUUCUGCUGACUUUUACUGCUUCUAAAGACUCUUUGAACCUCCUGCGAGAAGACAUCUAUGCGGGCAUUGACUGUGUUGAGUAUCUGGCAUUGCAUCUUGACAUUAUGCAAACUAAUGGUGAUUGUCGAGCUGCUUGGUACAAAGCCAAACAGACGAUCCAAAAAUACACACUGAGUGCCAAUCAAGGUGAACAUAGUCUGUAUUUGCUGUCUGAGCUGAGUAGCAUACAUGGUGAGGUCAGCCAGCAAAUGGACUUUGAGCUGACAUUGAGGGUUUCAAAAGAAAUGGUUGGUGUAUUUUCAUACCCCUUCUUUGUGCAGAUACUGGCACAGUCUGGUGUAUCAGGAGACACAUUGAAUGUGGAUAAGGUGUUUCAGUACUUGGACAAUUGGGACAAAAUGCCUCCAAACUGUAUGUCAGAGAGAUGGGUAGAAGGUGUAGAAAAAAUAAGGCAGUUGCUGUUUAAGUCAUUUGACGAGCCUCUGGCAAAAGAAGAAGCACUUAAAGUGGUAGAGAUUAGUAUUUGGCAGUCAAGGAAUUUCAUCGAUCACUUCCAAACAAGUGCAAUCAAUGAGGUAGAUUCAAUGGCUGGUCAGUUGUUGAGUUUGACAAGAAGAACGGUGAAGAGAAGAGAAGAUGGCUCAUUUGAAGUUGUCAACGUUUCAAAGGAAUCAUCCAGUAGUCAGCAGUGCUUUGAAGACAAGACAAUGCCACCAGUUGACAAUUUUGGUUCAUUUAAUUUGAGUACAGAGGAAGAAUUGCAUGAGAUUGAGAAGAAAGAUUUAGAAAAGGAAACUUCUGAAAUACCAGAUCAACCUAAUGUUGAAACAGAAGAGCAUGAUGAUGCACCACCACCUGGUGCCUUGCUUGAAUCAGGUGACCAGCUAUUGCAAAUGAGCGAAGUACGGCAAUCUGUUCUGCAGAAAGAAAUUGAUCAGCUGGAAGAGGCUAUGAAGUCCAUUACUGGGGUUGCAGCUAUUGCUCUUCAUCAAGCUAUAGUGAAAAAGAAAUCGGAGUUGGAACUCGUUGAGAAGUUUCUGUCUGAUCUUCAGUCUACAAAAGUUGUUACACAAGAGAAGACCUCUCACGGACUGAUUACACUCCAACCAGCUUGCAUGGCACAAACACUGAAAGCAAUUCUUGAAUCAACUCGUAUGCAAGCCAGUCAUCGCUUAGUAUUACAAUUAGUCACACAAACUGUUCAUUUCAUUCCUGUGAUCAACUUGACUGAGCUGAUGUACAAAUUAGGUGUAACAUCACAUAGCAUGGAAGCCAUGGAUGUCAUAGAAACGAUCAAAGGACAACUUAACAAUUUGGUUGAUUUCUACAAAUGAAUCAUAGCAUAGUAGUCUAUUAGCAUUCUGUACAAGAGGCUCU